CGGUUUGAUGCUGUUAGGUCGAAGGGUAAAGUUGAACGGUUCCCCGCCAAGAAAGUUUGAAUUGAUGCACACGAUUCCUACUUUUCACUCAAAUUUUGUUAAUUUUGGCCCAAUUUGAACAUUUUUGUCCAUUCAGAAAUCUUGAAAGAAUGUUAGAAGGAUCGGGUCUCCAACUCUUGGCUGGUGUUGGGUUUGGGAUCGCGCUAGGCUGGCUGCUAAGGUCCAGAACUGGGAGGAAAAUUCUUCAUAGCGCCGACAUGCAAGAUGACCAGGACUCUACCAUGGGUGAGAUGGGGGAGUACAAGAUGGUGUUUGUUGUGAGACAAGACCUGAAGAUGGGGAAAGGAAAAGUUGCUGCACAGUGCUCCCAUGCGGCAGUAUCACUGUACAAGAAGAUGUCCAGGAGUAACCCAGACUUGUUACAGCUGUGGGAGUUCUAUGGACAGCCAAAAGUGGUGGUCAAGGCACCAGACGAACCUACAUUAAUUGAGCUUGCCCGUCAGACCAGAGGAAUAGGUCUGCAGACAACCCUAAUACAGGACGCAGGCAGAACUCAGAUCGCACCAGGCUCCAAAACUGUACUAGGAAUUGGUCCAGGUCCAGUGGAACUGAUAGACCAAGUGACCGGUCAUCUAAAGCUGUACUGACCACUGCUGCUGCUGGGGUUUGGUGCCAAGGUCUAAGUCUCCAAGCAGAUGUUUGCAAUAGAUUUUUUGUUGUUGUUCAGGGUCAAUUAAAUAUCAAAAUCUUUCAUAAAGGACAUAUUUUAAUAAUUAAGGUUGGUGACCAGAAAUGUGUGAUAGCAAUUAUAUAAUACUACUACAAUAUAUGGAAGGCACACAAAGUAGCAUAAUAUGAACAAGAGUUCCGAGACCUCAUACCUCCAUUAAAUAUUAAGAGUUUUUACAAA